GUUCACUCUCAGGGACAGAACGUCCGGAGAAAUUAUUGCGAAGAGUCGCGGUUGUUCGCGCCUCAAAUCCUCUGUCACACGGUCAAGUUCGAUCGGGGAUAGAUAGACAGAACUAGCACGGAUCUCUCGACUGGAGAAUUCAUCCAGCAUCCCCGCAUCCAGCGCGCCACAACACGAUCUCGUAUCCAACGAAGACACGCUGGCCAUGUGCGCCGGCGAAGCUUGACUCUCGAACCAAGCGCAGCGUUACAUCACCAUACCUGAGAUCGCAUUCCGGAACUGCCUGGACGACGGCAGCUGGAGCUGUUUAGCUCUGCGCAAGGGAGACACAGAGCCAGCCUUUGCGCCACGAGCUCUCGAUUAUCCCGCAAGAAGGAACAGGCGAGCUGCUAGCAGCCAUCUUACCCCAGCUUUCCCCGCCCGCAGGUCGGGCGUGAUGCCGGCUGAAUAGCUCGCGCAAAUGCUUCAUAAAGGAACUGCGUCCCGGCUGAUGGCCGGAAGUCGCUCUCUGCUCUGUCCGUCGCGGGUGUCGAUUCGUCUUCUCGUAGUCUAUGGCCUGAUUCUCAUCACCAUCUCCUUCUCCUUUGGAUUCAAGAUGCACAUGAAACAGUACCUGCCAGUGGCAUUGUCAGUGCUACCAGCACUGGCUACCCCAGCUCCAGGGUCACAGAGGACGACAACAACAACGACCACGGAUGAUGAUUUCAAGGUCUACACCAUUUCUGCAGACAAUAUCACGGCGAAGUUCAUCCCUUAUGGUGCGCGUCUGACGUCCUUGCUGGUGCCAGACCGUUCUGGUAACCUGCAGGACGUCGUGGUCGGCUACGAUGACCCGAAAGAGUAUCUCCACGACACCGAGACCAACCAUACGUUCUUUGGAGCGGUCGUAGGUCGUUAUGCGAACCGAAUCAAGAACGGGACCUUCGAGAUUGGCACCAAAGAGUACCACAUCCCGGAGAACGAGAAUGGUGGAAUCGACACUCUGCACGGCGGUCCGGUUGGUUAUGACCAGCGCAAUUGGACAGUGACAGCGUCCUCUCAGUCGACGGUUACCUUUUCCUUGCUGGAUUCUGGGUUUGAAGAUUUCCCUGGAGAUGUGAUCACUCAUGCCACCUUCAGCGUGGAUGCAGACCGUACCCCAGAGAACCCGGAUGGCCUGCCGCGACUGACGACCAAGCUGGUUUCUCUCGCCCUCACGGAGAAGACACCGAUCAUGCUGGCCAACCACAUCUACUGGAACCUCAAUGCUUUCAAGGAGGAGACCAUUCUCAACGACACGUUCCUGCAGCUGCCAUUGUCGCAGCGCUACGUCGCUACUGACGGCAUCUUGAUCCCGAACGGAACCAUCGCAGAUGUUGCGCAAUCCAAUCACGGCGUGAUGGACUUCACUUCAGGCAAGCUCGUCGGCCAGGAUCUCCAGUACUCCGACGGCGUCUGUGGCACAGGCUGCUACGGCUACGACAACUGCUUCAUCGUGGACCGUCCUCCAGCCACCGCUGCUCCGGACUCAAUCGCUUCCGUCCUCAAGAUGAACUCCUCCACUACAGGCAUCGCCCUGGAAGUUGCGACGAACCAGCAAGCUCUGCAGAUCUACGCUUGUAACGGCCAGAACGGUACCAUCCCCGUCAAAGAAUCGCAAAUCAAGCGCAACAAUGGAGGUGCCAAAUUCGUCAACAAGCACGGUUGUCUCGUCAUUGAGACCGAGGGCUGGAUCGACGGUAUCAAUAACCCUCAAUGGGGCCAGUUGCCAUACCAGGAAUUUUCUCCUGAGUCGGGGCCGGCAGUCAACUGGGCCACCUACACUUUCAGCACAAUCCCAUAGAACUAUCUGGAGAUUAACUAGUUUGCUGGUCAUCUAUGUCUGGCAGCUUUGUGAAGCUCCUAUAGUUCUUAUAUACUCCUUAACUAAUACCCGCCCUUGAAAAAAGGCUGUAUAUAAAUGGACAUACUUUUUUCUACUUUAGAUGUCCAAAUAAACAACUCAUCACUAGCGAUGGAGCUGUGCUUCCAUUCUAUCCUGUUACGCAUGUAGAAUCGAUAUCCGUGAAUGUCCGUAUGGAGUUGAGUUUAACAAGGCAGUAGUAGUUCACGAGA